AUGAUUACAUCAGCAACUACAACAAUGGUCACAUUAACAAUUACAAAAAAAGUUCCAUCAGCAAUAUCGAAACCACCAGAAAGAGAGCCAUGUGAAAUGGAACUUAAAACACCAAUUAAAUCCUCAACUGCCUCUAACAUUUUGCCAGCGUUUGUAUCGCUCACUGAUAUCAACAACGACAAUAGACCAGAUAUAAUUGUGGCGAAUUAUGAUGCAGGCAACGUUGGUAUUUUCUUCAACGCUCCAGGUAGUUAUUUUCGUGAACAAAUAACUUACUCAACUGGACCUUCAUCAGGUCCAGAAUAUAUAUCAGUCGUUGAUGUCAAUGAUGACAACAAACCAGAUAUUAUUGUUGCAAACAAUUUGGGAAAUAGUGUUGGCGUUUUGCUCAAUAAGGGUUCUGGCCAAUUUCACGCCGUAAAACAUUAUAAAACUGGACCAAGCACAUUUCCAUCAGGAGUUGCAGUAGUUGAUAUUAAUACCGAUACAAAACCCGAUAUUAUCGUGACAAACCAAUUUUUGAACACUAUUGGUGUUUUCCUAAACAUUGGUGAUGGUCAAUUCUCGUUUUACAAGAUCUACCAGGUUCCGCAUGAUUUCGCUGUGAGGUGUCCGCAAGUAGUGGAUGUUAAUGGCGAUACUCAUCCAGAUAUUAUUGUUGCAAACUCUCGUGCCGCUAGUAUUGGUAUUUUCUAUAAUUCCGGCGAUGGAACAUUUACUAAUUGGACAACAUUUUCAACUGGUUUCGAUUCACAACCAAACUCUGUAUCUGUGAUUGAUGUCAACGGUGAUAAUAAACCUGAUCUUAUUGUGGGUAACAUUGGAACGAGCAAUGUUGGCGUUCUUCUCAAUGCUGGCAAUGGAAAAUUUCUUAAUCAAACAACAUACCCAACUGGACUCAACUCACAACCACGAUCGGUGUUUGUGGCUGAUAUAAACUGCGACAACAAACCUGAUAUUAUCGUUGCCAACUCUAUUAUUAUCGUUCCCAACUCUAAUGACGGGAACAUUGGUAUCUUUCUCAACUCGGGCAAUGGUACAUUUCAGCCUCAAAAACCGUAUCCAACAGGACUUUCAACAAACCCAUGGUCUAUAUCAGUGGGUGACGUUAAUGACGACAACAAACCAGACAUUAUUUUUUCAGAUACUGGUCAACACAACAUUGGUAUCUUCAUACGUUCUUGA